UACGCAUAUAGAAACGACUAGAGAUGUUUUAUAUUCUCAAACACCUAGUCCAAGUCCUCGUUUCGACCAUCCGGUUUCUGCGUUUGUGAGGUAACUAGUUAACGUUUCUGUGUGGCAGUCGAGACUCCUCAGUUGCGGGCAUGGAUAUUCCAGUCUCGAAACGGAGGAGGAAGUUUUACAGCAAAUUUAUCGCAGCUGCCGGCCUAAUCACCCUCUGCAUUGUCAUGUUCAAGCAGUCACAUGAUUCUAGCAGUCUCAACAAGUUCUCUUAUCAUGAAGCAGGGAUCACUCAUGUCUUGGUCACAGGAGGAGCUGGCUACAUAGGCUCUCAUGCUGCACUUAGGCUCUUGAAGGACUCAUACCGAGUAACGAUAGUGCCGAUGACGGAGUUACACGUAUCGUCGCAUGACAAUGGCAACUUGGACCGUGACUUAAUGAGAGAUAAGGGAAUGCAUAUGGGGCUCCAUGGUGAGAUUGCUCAGCACGCAAUCGUUUCAGAAGAGGAUAUGUGCCUAGGAUUUGGAGAAAAUAUACGAGAUGGUUGUUUUUGGUUGUAUUGCUAUUAUUUUUGCCAAGAGUUUCUUCUAGGAAAGUGCUAUUUUCUUUCCUUUUUUGUAGAAAAUUUCUCAUUUAUGAAACGUGCAAGAUGAGAAUUCAGAGA